AUGAGAAAAGUCACUCUAUUUCUGGUCCUCCUCGUUGGGGCAGUGGCCUCCCUGGAGCAUCAUGGAUAUAUCAGCGAUUUCCUUCAAUCGGUGAACCAAACACGAUCCUUUUCCACCCUCCUGCUUUUGCAAAGAAGGGCUCCGAAGAGGGAGUCCCAGCUCGAUAUUCUGGAGAAGCACUAUCCCUUCGCUUGGCCAACGAUUCGCCUUGACGAGAAUCACACUAUUUAUAUGGUGAAUCACUACAUAAAACAUAUUCUUUCGUUGGUUUACAUUGAUUGUCUGGAGGACGCCAUUUUGCUAGAUGCUCUGGCGGAAAACCUGAAUCAUUUAAGGAAUACCAGGAUAAUUGUCUGGUUGUCGAUCCCAAAAUAUGAAUCACUUCUCAGAGUCAUAGAGGAAAAGUCAGCUGAGUUCAACUUUGUGAGAGUUGCCGUGGUACACAGUGCUUCAAGGAUAUAUCGCCUACAACCUUUUCCAAAGCCAUUCCUGAAGCUUGUAGAAAAUCCAGGUAAAAAUAAUAAAAUCUUCUGCGAAAUGCCAUGGAAUUUUAUGGGAAAAAAACUUCGAAGUUUUCCCGAUUUUGUGCCCCCAAGAAGCUUCAUUCGCACAGAUCCCCUCACUGGCAAGAGAUCCCAUGCCGGCUAUAUAUACGAUGUUAUUCGGAAUUUUGCCACCCAAUACAACAUUUCGUUGGAAAUUCUGAAGACCGUGAAUGGCAGGAGAGCCAUUCCCCAGAUAGAGCUACUGGAUAUAACCCUGCAGGGGCAACUGGACAUACCGAUGACUGGACAAUUCUACAACUUCAGGCAUUCCAAUGAGAGCCGGAUCUAUGCUUCUCUGGGAUGGUCGAGCCUGGCCAUCGCAGUUCCUUGUGGAGAGGAGUUGGCUCUAUACGAAUUGUUCCAAAUGAAUUGUGGAAAGGAGCGCAUUGCUUUCUUUUUCCUCUUCUAUAUCUCUUGCAGCGUUCUUGAAUUUAUUUUUAUAGCUUUCAGCCACUGGAUCCAGCGCAAGCACCGCCGUUUUCGAUUCUUCAGAAUGAUUGUUAACCUGAAGGUGCUGCUAAGCAUCCUAAACAUGUCGGUCCCUGAAGGGAAUCGGUUCAGAUCCGUGAAGGGGCAACUACUGACGGCCAUGAGUGCAACAGGAAUGCUGGCCUAUUGCAUUCUAGGAGCACAAUUAAGCACCCUUCUCACCCUGAAUCCCCAGUACCGGCACGUCGUCAACUUCCAGGAGCUAAUCGAGAGCAAAACACCAGUUCUAUUCAACAGACUCACCUAUCAGAUGAUCGAAAAGCAUGUGAAUAUGGAUUUUCUGGCCAGGAAAUUGCCAAAAGCCCUAAUAGUGAGCAGUACUAGGCAAAUGGAGCUGUUAAGCACGUUGAACGCCAACUACGCCUAUUUGAUAUUCUCCUACCAGGAGGAUCCCUUCACUCUCAUGCAGGAAAACGUGCCCAAGAAGGCUCUCUGCAAGUCACCAGAUCUGCAAAUUUUGGGCGGUCUUACCUAUAUCUUUUGUCUGCCCAGGAACUCCAUUUUCUCGCGAUCCAUUCGAAGGUUUUCGCUAAAUGCCUGGGAUACUGGUCUCAUGUCUCACUGGCUACUGAAGGCCAUACACCAGCAUGUUUCGAGUCUAAAACUUCAAAGGAAGGAUCAUAAACGAGUUGGUAAUACUCUGCAGCCCCGGGACUUUAUAGCUUUGUGGGGUUUAUUGUUCGUAGGAUGGAGUGUGAGCAUUUGCGUUUUUGUUGUGGAAAUAAUAAUCAAUUGGUUGAAGAAGUGA